AUGACGGAAGUUGAAUUGCCAAAUUUAAUACCUCAUUUACCUGAGGUAUCAUCAGUCCCAUCCGAAUUUAAUUUGGAUUCAGAUAUUCCUUCUAAUGGCUCUCAACAAAAGCAAAAUAAUUCAAGUGUUGUAGUACCUGUUCACUUAAAUGAUCAUUCCGAUGAUGAAACAAAAUUCAUUCGAAGGUCUCCUCCUAUUCAAUUGGAGUGGCAUAAUUUGGAAUUUAAGGUGAAAGUGAAGCCAUCUCCACCAUCACAAAUCAUGAAACCAAAAGAAAGACUUGGAUUUACAUUGAAGAAUAUGUUUAAGAAAGUUGAUAAGCAAAUUUUGCAUCCGAUAACUGGUUAUGUUGCUCCUGGUCAAGUGUUGGCCAUCAUGGGUCCUAGCGGUGCUGGUAAAACAUCUUUAUUAAAUAUUCUGUCACAAAGAGUCAAGCCUUCAGGAGGUGAUAUUAUUGCCAACGGUCAAAAGGCUGGAAAAGCAUUCCGAGCCCUUUCAGCAUUCGUGCAACAAGACGACGUACUCAUGGGCAACCUAACAGUGAGAGAAACUUUGCGAUAUGCAGCCAUGUUGCGUCUUGACAGCAAAAUUCCAAUGUCAGAAAGAAUGAGAAGAGUUGAUGCCAUUAUUGAAGACUUGGGCUUGUCAAAGUCAGCCGAUACUAAGGUCGGUAUUUCUGGUAUCGUAAAAGGCAUUUCAGGAGGAGAAAGAAAGAGAUUAUGUAUCGGAAUUGAAUUACUUACAGAACCAUCUGUUUUGUUUUUGGACGAACCAACUACAGGCCUAGACAGCAAAACCAGCUAUAACGUCAUGAAAACCAUCUCAAAAUUGGCGAAACAUGGCCGAACUGUCAUUCUUACAAUUCACCAGCCUUCCUCAAACAUUUUUAACAUUUUCGACAAACUUUUACUUCUUUCUCGAGGCCGAGUUGCUUACUUUGGAGAUGCCAAUAAGGCUGUUGAAUAUUUUGAUAGAAUUGGGCAUACUUGCCCAACAGGAUACAACCCAGCUGACUACCUUAUGGACGUCGUAACUGAGAAUGCAGCAAUUACAGGUGAAAACAUUGAAAAGAAAAAGAGACAAGACGAAAGAAUUGAAGGAGUGUUAAAUUACUAUUCCAAGACUCAUCCUACCAUUGAAAUUCCACCAUCAGCCAAGCUUGAUCAAGACUUGAAACGAUUUUCUUCAUAUAACUCCAGUUGGCUUGCUCAAUUUGGAGUGCUGACCAUGAGAGCCCUCAUUAACAUUAUCAGAGAUAGAAAGGUGACUAUGGCCAAGCUAUUCCAAAAUUUGGUCAUGGCUCUUUUAAUUGGUCUCAUUUUCCUUCAGCUUGGAUUCUCUCAAACUAACGUCACAGAUAGAAUAGGUGUUCUGUUCUUUAUUUGUACUAAUCAAUUUUUGAGCUCUGCCAUGGCCUCAGUUACCUUAAUGUAUGAUGACAAGCCUGUUUUCCUCAGAGAACGAGGAGCGAAAAUGUACAAAGUGAGCAGCUAUUUCUUGGCCCGUAACGUUGCUGAACUUCCAACUCUACUCUUCUUUCCUCUGUUGUUUGGAAGCAUUUCCUAUUGGAUGUGUGGAUUGAAUGGAACAGUGGAACGAUUUUUCAUGUUUAUGUUUUUAUUAGCAGUCAUUACCAUUACAGGUCAAUCUUUGGGUCAAGCGAUUGGUUCCAUCCUCCCUAACUUUGGAGUUGCUAUGGCUAUUGUCCCUCUUGUAAAUACUGUGCUCAUGCUUUUCGGUGGUUUCUAUCGUAAUGUUAACAAUCUUCCAAUUUGGUUGACAUGGAUUUAUUGGACCUCUUUGUUCCACUUUGGCUUUGAAGCACUGAUCCUUAAUGAAUUCCAAGGAGCCAAAUUUAUAUGUCCACCCAGUGGAGCUUGUCCUUUCCCAAAUGGUGCAGCUGUUAUUGAGAAUUUGGAAAUGAAUGGUCCACUUUCAAACGUGUGGAUCAAUGUUGGUUUUUGUUUUGCUCUGACAUUUGUUUACAAGGUGGUUGCUUACUUGGCAUUGAAAUUCCUUGUGAAACCAAAGGGAGGCUAA